UGGUAGAAUGUUGAAGUUGGGAUAGUAAGGAUCCUACCAGGGGUUAUUCAUGUAGGAUGUUGGUAGAAAGUUGGUAGAAAGUUGAAGUUACAGAGCUACUUGUCAUCAGAAAGGUGAUCUCUCAGCAGAAUAUUUAAAUUACUUGACAUGUUCUGGUUGUGAAUUCAGGCUACAAGGGGUCAUUGCUCAAAAAUGAGUCUCUCUGGGGAGAGAGAGGAGGGCGGCCCUGCCUCUAAAAUGAGUCUCUCUGCGGAACAUGACACCAACGUUAAGAGCCCAAUCCAUCAGGAGAGACCAGACUCACCCAGCUGUCUGUCCAUGAAGAGUGACGGGUCUAUGGACCAUUUCUAUGAUUGCGAAGAUGGAGACUUUUCUGCAUUUACAGGUCCAAUCAAGCAGGAGAGACCAGCCUCCCCUGUACCCAGCUGUGUGUCCAUGAAGAGUGACAAGUCUAUGAAUCUACCUAUACAGUUUAGAGAGGGAGAUUUUUCUACUGAACAAAGAAACCAACAGGAGAGAUCAGAGUCAGAGAUUCUCAGUGGUCAGUCUUCCCAGAGUCAUCAAACAGACCUGGCCUCCAUAUUCAGUAUGCUUGAAGAUAAUAUUAUGACAUUUGUGAAGAACGAGCUGAAGAUGUUCAAGAGGAUUCUUAGUCCAGAACUCCCAGAAGGCUUUGAGAGUCAGAAGCAGGAUAAGGAAGUGGUGGAUGCUGAAGAUGAGAAGCAGGAGAGCAGUGCCAGAGAGGGGGCUCUGAAGAUCACACUGCACAUCCUGAGGAAAAUGAACCAGAAGGAGCUUGCUGACACACUGGAGAAAUAUUCAGAUGAGCUUGCUGUGAUUUGCCAACUUGAACUCAAAUCUAAUCUAAAGAAGAAGUUUCAAUGUGUAUUUGAGGGGAUCGCUAAACAAGGAAACCCAACACUUCUCAAUAAGAUCUACACAGAGCUCUAUAUCACAGAGGGUGGAACAGGAGAGGUCAAUAAUGAACAUGAGCUGAGACAGAUUGAGACAACAAACAGGAAAAAAGCAAGACCAGAGACUGCAAUCAAAUGUAACGACAUCUUCAAACCCUUAACUGGACAAGACAAACCUAUCAGAACUGUGCUGACAAAGGGAGUCGCUGGCAUUGGAAAAACAGUCUCUGUGCAGAAGUUCAUUCUGGACUGGGCUGAAGGAAAAGCAAAUCAGGAUGUCCAAUUUGUAUUUUCAUUCCCUUUUCGGGAGCUGAAUUUGAAGAAGGACAAACACACUUUCAUUGAACUUCUCAAUCACUUCUCAAUGGAAACCAAACAAUCAAUCUCCAACUACAACAUGUACAAAGUUCUGUUCAUCUUUGAUGGUCUGGAUGAGUGCCGACUGCCCCUAGACUUCCAGAAGAACAAGAUCUGUUGUGACGUCACAGAGUCAACCUCAGUGGAUGUUCUGCUGACAAAUCUCAUCAGGGGAAAUCUGCUCCCCUCUGCUCUCCUUUGGAUAACUACCCGACCUGCAGCAGCCAAUAAGAUCCCUUCAGAAUGUGUUGACCAAGUGACAGAGGUACGAGGGUUCAAUGACCCACAGAAGGAGGAGUACUUCAGGAAGAGAUUCAGUGAUGAGGACCUGGCCAGCAGAAUCAUCUCACACAUAAAGACAUCAAGGAGCCUCCACAUCAUGUGCCACAUUCCAGUCUUCUGUUGGAUUUCUGCAACAGUCCUUGAACACAUGCUGAAACAUAAGAGAGAAGAGAUGCCCAAGACUCUGACUGAGAUGUACACACACCUUGUGGAGUUUCAUACCAAACAGAAGAAUGAAAAGUAUCUUGGGAAAGAAGAGACAGGUCCACACUGGAAUAAAGAGAGCAUUCUGUCACUGGGAAAACUGGCUUUUCAACAGCUUGUGAAAGGCAAUCUGAUUUUCUAUGAAGAAGACCUGAAAGAGUCUGGCAUUGAUGUUAAUGAAGCCUCAGUGUACUCAGGAUUGUGCACACAGCUCUUUAAAGAGGAAUGUGGGCUGUACCAGGACAAGGUGUACUGCUUUGUUCAUCUGAGCAUUCAGGAGUUUCUGGCUGCUGUAUAUGUGUGCCUCUCAUUCAUCAACAACAAUGAGAAUCUAAUGGACAAACUGAAAACAAACGACGAGCCUGAAAUUGCUUUCUACAAGGGUGCUGUGGAUAAAGCCUUACAAAGUGAGACGGGAAACCUGGACCUUUUCCUUCGCUUCCUUCUGGGCCUCUCACUGGAGUCCAAUCAGAAGCACUUACGAGGUCUACUGACAAAGACAAGAAGCAGCUCACAGAGCCAUGAAGAAACAAUCAAGUACAUCAAGGAGAAGAUCAGGGAGAAUCCCUCUCCAGAGAGGAGCAUCAAUCUGUUCCACUGUCUGAAUGAACUGAAUGACCAUUCUCUAGUGGAGGAGAUCCAAAGAUACCUGAGAUCAGGAAGUCUCUCUAGGUUCAAACUGUCACCUGCACAGUGGUCAGCUCUGGUCUUUGUGUUGCUGACUUCAGAAAAGGUGCUGGAUGUGUUUGACCUGAAGAAAUACUCCAGAUCAGAGGAAGGUCUUCUGAGGCUGCUGCCAGUGGUCAAAGCCUCCCGAGCUGUUCUGCUGUCAGGCUGUGGAGUCACAGAGGAAGGCUGUGCUUCUCUGGUCUCUGCUCUGGAGUCA